GCUGCUUCGAGAACUGACGACCACAAUAACGAUUGGUAUGGGAUGGGAUCGCCGGUUGCAAAAGGAGUUGAGGUCAGGCACCUGGCAUUCAUUGGCGUUUGAAAUCGACUUGGCGGUCGCGGGUGGUUGUGAUGUCCGAGGCUUUGGAACUGAAGGAGAAAGGCAAUGCAUGCCUAAAAGAUGGUAAAUACCAUGAAGCUUUACUUCACUACAGUCAUGCAAUCAAGAGGGAGCCAAACAACCAUCUUCUGUACAGCAACAGGAGUCAUGUACUCCUGAAGCUUGAGCAGCACUUCCUAGCUCUUGAGGAUGCCAAGCGAACUAUUCAGCUGGAUCCCAAGUGGCCAAAGGGCUACUACCGCCAGGGCCAGGUGGAGAUGGCAGCCGGAUUCUUCGCCGACGCGUGCAUCUCGUUCACGCAGGCGCUGGCACUGCAGCCGCACGACCCCACCCUGCACGCGGCCAUCCAGGCGGCCGGCGGGGCGGCGCGCGCUCAGCGGGCCGGGGACCGGCAGCUGCCGUACCUUGGCGCUGGAGUCGGCAUCAUCCUCGGCGUUCUUCUAGUCCUGGCAGAUGUGUUCACCCCGGCGCCGAAACUUAAUCACCCGGUACCUCAGAUCCUGCUGGUGCUGCUGGUGGCCGGCGCUGGGUACGGCGUCUGCAAGGCGUACAGACUGUACCUGGCCGGGCAGCGGCGGGGGCUGCUGCAGCCGCCGCUGGACCUGCUCGCAGGAUCGUCUGAGGCUUCGCAGGCCGACGCGCCGGGCGAGGGCGAGGGCGCCGAGCCGCCGCCCGCCCGCCACCACAAGUUCACCAAGGCGCAGGCCCGCAGGCGCUACCGCAACGGCAAGCGGUGAUGGGCCGGCAGCGGUGCGACGGCAUGGACAUGGCGGCGGCCAGUGACGGCGGACGACGGAGCCCGUGCCGGCCGGCCGCGCAGUGGCGGCCGAGAAGCGUGGGCCAGUGCUGGCCGUCCGAGCAGUGACGGGCGGCGGCAGUGACAGUCCGAGCCUGGUCAGUGACGGCUGCGAGGUGGCGGCCGGAGCCGGCCUUCCGACCGGUGACGGCCACCCGAGCACUGACGAGUGCUCCGCCGAGUGGUGACGGGCGCGCGAGCACGAGCUGCCGCCCCGCGUCACCGAUAACCCCAGGUGUCGAACCAUGGCGGGCUCCCAAGCCGUGGUCGCAGACACGUCUUCAGCUGGGAUGGCGGCUCGGCAGCGAACGGCGCUCGGAACAGUGUGCAAUAGUGAAUACAGAUGAGACUAGUCUGCUUUUGUUAUGUGGGUGUGCGGUGCUCUGGAUCACAUUCACGCUGAGUACUGACCGGCGCCUUCCUGGCGCUGACCCUGCUGACAUGGCUGAUGCUAACAGUGGUGAGUGAAAUAGACAAGUGCAUUUCAUUGUUGAUCUGACCGAACUGCCUCGCAAGUAUUUGUGUUGCUGCAGCCGUUCAAACUCAAACUUAGUGUGAUGAAAAUUGAUCCGGCUUUUGGAAACAUUGAAGCGAUUGCAUCAUUGGACAGGAAUUACAAGGAAUGUAUUGUGGUGGCUUAUGGAGCUCUAAAGAAAAGUAUGAUCGACCUUACAAAUUACUAGCUUCAGGAAUUAUGGAACAUCCCUUUGCGCA